AGACUUAUUUCGCUUGCUUUUAACGGCCGGACCAUAGAGGCUCUAAUAUUUUUUCGCUCUUUGGCUGUUUAGUGGAGAGGGAGAGGGAGAGGGAGAGGGAGAGCGAGAGAGAGAGAAUGGGAGGGAUUCUCUCCGCUUUGUUGGGAGGGGAGUCGGCCGCCGAUGCUUCUUCGUCAUCAUCAGAGCCGUCGCACGUUUUGUCAUUUCACUCAUCGGCUAGAUGGCAGCUCCACCUCAAUGAAUUGAAAGAAUCACCCCAACUGAUGGUGAUUGAUUUUGCGGCGUCGUGGUGUCCACCCUGCAAGUUCAUGGAGCCCGUAAUAAAUGCGAUGUCUGCGAAGUUCACUGACGUUCAGUUCGCCAAGAUCGACGUUGAUGAACUCUCGGAAGUUGCGCAGGAGUUCAAGGUGCAGGCGAUGCCCACGUUCGUGUUGUACAAGAAAGGGAAGGAAGUGGACAGGGUUAUCGGGGCGAAGAAGGAUGAGCUCGAGAAGAAGAUAGAGCGUCACAGGACUCUGCAGGCUUAAAACGCUAAGAGGAUGACGAUGAUGAAUGAAUUUACUGAUGAUGUGUGAAAACAUUGUUUGUUCUGAUGAGAAAUUGGGGUUCUUCCUCCAAGUUAGUGAGUGGCUUUGUUUCCUGUUUCCCUCCCUUUAUUGGUUCUCAUUCUCUGUGUUCUUUGAUCAAUCUGAUAGCAUGCUUCUUAAUUAUAGAGAUCAAUAAAAGAUUGUGUGUUUAUUCUUAUA